CAAUCUACACCGAAGGGCCUGAUUUCUCAUGAAGUCACCCCUGGGCUACCAUACCUGCACGUGUGUUCGCCGGAGACGUGCAUGCAGAAUGAAAAGGCGAGAACAACGUUAGACAUCACCUGAAGUAUCGUCAACGCCAACAACAUCCUCGCCAGUCAUGUCCAAAGCAAAAAGGGCGGCCGCGCCAACCAAGGCCCCGCGUAGGGAUCCUCUGGCUUCCCUGAAGCUGGCCGACAUGCUUAUAUCCAAGCCGUUUCUCCCAGCAGAGGUUCUGACCGUGGUGGUCGACUACCUCGAUGUCCCCGAUCUGUUGCGCUUCGCACGAACGUCACGACGUAUGCAUGAGAUGGUCUACGAGGAUGCAAGAUGGAUUCGAAGGCUGAAGGCUAUGGGUUGCUGGAAUGAGGCGGAAGCAAGGAAAAGAGCAGAGACUGCAAAAACGCCCACCACCCCCGGUCGGAGACAGAGUACGAUAGACCGAAACGUGGUCAAUGGCAAAGGCAAACCGGAGGUGUUGUUCGACAUGGACUCAUCUCCUAUUGCACAACGCAGACAGACAAAUCUUCUAACCCCAUUAAGACCGCGCCCAGUAACUGACGGUUUCGACAAGGCCGAGAUGGGGAGUUUACAAGCCGCUUCUCCCAGGCUUCAUGGUGGUCUCGAGGCAGCUCUGUCCGUCUUCGAGCAGGUAAGAUCCUUUAGAGGACAUGCUAGGCAAGAGUAUGGCAAGAUAUAUAAACUGCUUUCACCGUUCUAUCGGGACUUGUCCACUGCGUCGGAUCCUCUACAAAGCACUGUUUUCACGGAUUUUUCUCUACCAGAGCAACAAGCACGACUGCUAGCCAAUGUCAGGAUGUUUGCUGCGAGCGACUUCUCUCCAGAAUCAAGUAAGCGAGAACGACAAAUAAAGCAGGCUGUGGAUAUGUUCGAUACGGCAGCGUUACUCGAAUUCCGUAAAGGUUACGAAUACAAGGACAUUCAGGGAAGAAUGCGGCAAUUUGCAAGUGUCAUGCAUAUCUUGAAUGGUGGAAACAGUGCUGUCGACUUAUUCAUACACGACAACCAACUCAUCAACCAAAAGGGGACGCUUGGGAGCGUUUCCGAUUGUAUCGACUACUCUCUAGGACACGGGGAGCUCUCAUUGGAAAGGGUUCACGGCUAUUUCGAAAGGCUUAGUACGGCCUUCAGUCAGCAAAGCGCCAUAGUGCAAGCUGUCUUCCCAAAUGCCAAAGAAGUAUGUAUGCUACUGCUUGAAGAGGUAGCCAAGGACAUCCUGUCGCCCUUCCUCUCAUCCUUGUUCGAGGAUGCCAGGGCGAGAAGUACUUCAUUAUAUCUCCGGAUUAUGUCUGGCACUUUCGCUGCCACAAGGCAGUUCAUUGACGAGGUCGCCUUGAUAGGAGACGCCGACGAGGCCACGAUAUCACGCUGCAACUCAAUCCUCGCUCGGAUAUAUGGCCCUCUUCUUGAUCAGUAUUUGGCAGAAGAACUGGCAUUCUUCCGGCAAAAAGCUGAUACGGAAGUGGAACGCUGGGAUCGAGCAUUGUCGGAUCAAGACGCGUCUACCGAAAGCUUCCUCAUGUCCAACGUCAAUCGACAGGCCGACAAGAAGGAUUUCAUGUCUUCAUUCAAGAAAGUGGUCAUGAUGCCGGUGAACAUUCUCCCCAGCUUCUCGGCACCGGCAAACCCAAAAACUGCCGUCAAAACCAUCGCCAAUGGAGAAAGCGCUGCAUCAUCUCGACCAUCCACUCCUAGCCUUUCCAUGUCCACGACUGCAACGUCAUCCUUACCGCCCGAAGCACCGUCGUCCGAGCUAGCAGCCAAAGCAGCCCUGAUGAACAGCAAGUUGGAGAACAUCAAAUCCCUUUUCUCCAUCGAAGUAGCCCUCAACCUGGUCCACGCCGCCAAAUCCUCCCUGGAGCGCGCCGCCCAAUUCACGAGCUUAAUCGGCGAACCCGGAGAGUCUGCACGGAAACAGUGUUCUGCAAUCUUCGUCCUGCUCCUCCAAUCAGUCGGUGCGCGUCAUGUCAAAGCAGGUUUCGACAAGGCCAUUGAACAUUUGUCAACCUAUAACCCACGCGAAACCAGUACAAACCCAGACAGUGAUAUGGUCCAAGUCGCUCCUCUGGGCACGUUUCUGGAACUCGUCAAUGUCGGCGAUCUUAUCCAACAGAUGCUCGACGUUUUUUACGAAUCGGAGCUGGUCCGCCUCGGCAUCUCCAAGCGCGAUGACUUUCUCGACACUAAUGUCAAAGAGAAACGCAAGUUCGAAGCCAUGCUGGACGAACGUGUGGCAGCGGGACUAGGUAAAGGUAUUGACGCCCUCAUUAACGAGGUAGAAUAUAUCUGCGCAACCACACAACAGCCUACAGAUUUUUUCCCGGAACUGGCCAAUGCCGAUGGAUCGUCGGGAACGAAAGCCAAUAUGAUGGUGAUGGAUUUUUCCGGCCAGCCCACAACCACAGCGACGCGGGUGAUCGCACUCGUCUCCCACCAUACGCGGAUGCUGACCGGUGCGACCGAGAAGAGUCUCUUGGAUGUCUUUACGGCAGAAGUGGGCCUACGCCUGUUCACCGCGUUGGCAAAACAUAUCAAGAGACAACGUAUCUCGACACUGGGAGCGCUGGCGUUGCUGUCUGAUCUGACAGCCUACGCGAAUUUUGUAGCACAAUUCCGCAACAACGACCUGACAAGUUAUUACACGGCGUUACGAGAAGUGGCGCAGAUCUAUCUUAUCGGCGGAGAGAGUGAGCGCGAUGUGGCGGAGAUGGCGACCAUCAUCUCGGACGGCGAGCGAUAUAAAGGUGUGUUCACGGUCGAGGAGGUGGUUGAAUUCGCCGAGCGUCGAAGCGAUUGGUUACUGGUCAAGGGCAGGGUGGAAGGGAAGGUCAAAGGUGAUAACUGUGUUGUGAUGUAGGUGAGCCGAGUCGAACAGUGGAUGUGUUGUGAGAAAGAGGAAUGGUGCCUACCUGUUUUCCAGGUACAGGGUGGUGUUGGCUUUGCAGUGUCCCUUGUCUUCUCCGUGUGGUGGUGGUUGUUUUAGAACCACGUCACGCACGGCGGCAAUGGAACUUCCUUACCUAUCUGAGGUAUAAUGUGACGACGAGUGUAACGACAUG